AACUAGCGCCACAUUUUGGGCUCAGUACAAGUAGCUACAAAUCGAGUACAAACGAUCGAAUUAUUUCAUUUUGCGAAAAGUAAUAACCUGUUGGCUAUCGACAUACGAAUCCUUCACCUGGCAUUCCUUGAAUACAAAGUACCGGUAAACGACAACGUUGUUGCCUCCUUUUGUCUCGUCUCACAUCUCCUCUCUCCUCAUUUUCCGAUUUCUCCCAAACGGAGAGUAUUGUCCCCAUGAAUGUCUAAUAGCAACUACUAAUUAACAAUGGAUCCCCGACUGAACAAGAAGAUCGAGUCCGAGAAGGGCUCAAGUGAUAUGGUCGUGGAUUGGUUGAACGAGGCUUCGAUGACGUCCAACGACACCCUAAAAAUCACAAACCUCGCCAAACUUCAAGAGAUCCUCGUAAAAAAAGAACCCGAAUUGUUGGAUUCUUACCUGGACGAGGUACUCCAGUUUUCUAUUGACAAGAGCGCCGAUGUAAGAAAGACAGUGUGCAGCUUCGUCGAGGAAGCUGGUGACAGUAUUCCGGAAACCAUUCCUCGAUUGCUCGUGACCCUCUCAAGACUAGUCUCCGAUGAUGCUCCAGUGGUGAUAAAACGUGCCCUGCGGACCUCCGGGAAGAUUUUGCGAGCAGCCUUGAAGUGGGUCUCCAGUGCUGCUGUUAUUACCCCCGAGAUGGAGACAGCCUGGAGCCAACUGAGCGACCUGAAGAUCCAGAUAAUUAGCAUGAUAGACAGUGACAACGAUGGAAUUCGAACUCAAGCCGUUAAACUCCUUGAAGGAGUGGUUCUUCUCCAAACGUACCCUGACCCAGAUACCCCACGAAAACCAGAUGAUUUCUGCCUAGAGGAUAUUCCCCUAACCUUGAAGAUAGCACGAAGAAGAAAACUGGAGGAGGAGGCCAACCACGUGAUGGACCUUUUAAUAAAAUUUCACGGCUCUCCUCAUGUCAGCAGUUUGAACCUGAUGACAUGCAUGGGAAGUCUUGCCCUGAUCGCCAAAACACGCCCCCAAUUCAUGGCUAACGUCAUAACAGCCCUCCAACGUCUCCAGAGCGACCUACCCCCGACCUUAUCAGACUCCCAGGUGACAAGUGUUCAAAAGCACUUGAAAUUAACGCUUUUAAACUUGAUGAAGCACCCAGCAAGCAUCGAGUUUGCCCCUACAAUUGCCAAGCAACUGACCCAACUGGGAGCCAAAGAGCAGGAGAUCAUGAAAGUUUAUCCCAAAGCUGAGGACAUUCGAAGGAUGAAAAAACGUCAGCAAGAAUCGUCAGCCAACAAUACCUCAAAACGACUCAAACUAGACUCAUUAAUCCCUCCAUCUGAGGACCCAGAGCCUCCGCCAGCACCACUUCCUUCAGUGAAGCCCCCAGAAUUGAUAGAACUGUCAGAAUCCUUCAUUGCUGAGAGACUGAGUGUUGAAAUCGCCGCAGAACUGGUGAUGGAUAGCAUGGCAUGGGUCCCGGACACUAUGACUACGAUAUUCCAACGUGAAUACGUUCCGAGUGCAACGACAGACGUGACCAUUCAACGUCAGGCAAUUUCCAAGCUACUGGCUGGGCAGAUAAAACAAGCUAAAGCUAAAAAAACGAAUAAGAACCUUAAGGACGAAGACGCUGUUAUGGAGGAUCUGAUCAAGAAUCCAACGAUAACAGUGGCAGAGGCCAAACGUGAAAGAAAACGUGAGAAAGAUAGGGAAAAGGAGAAGGAAGCCAAAGCCACACUUGAAGCUGAAAAAAAUCUCGCUAAAACCAGGAAUCGAGUGAAGGUCUUGAAGUUGAAUGAGGUGACGAAACCCCUGCUCAAAGAGACCAAAGAGAAGAUGCUGUUGAUGGCAGUCAACCGAAUUCUGAAAGCUGAAAGAACUGCAGUAUUUGGAGGUGUUGCUGGAGUCAGAUCGAAAAUUCUCACGACUCUUGCUGCUACAUUUAAUCCUUACAUCAAAGAGUCUGUUCUACGUUAUAUAACUGAAGAAAUGAGAACACGAUUGGAUUUGGCACUGGGUUGGCUUUACGAGGAGUACGCCCUUCUGCAGGGCUUCCAGAGGAGAACAACCCUGGGAACAAAACCUCACGAGGCUCCUCAUCAAGCCUACAAUUUUUUGCUCUGCACCCUCAUCUCUGCGAUCGAUGGACUUCAAGGAAAGGAUCGAGACUCCCUGCUAGCCCGAUUAUACCUCGAGGCUCCUCUGAUAACAGAAGACGCUGUCGAGGCCUUGAAAAGUGUCUCUUCGGAUGAGAAAUGGGAUCUAACACCUCUUACGCUUCUCCGGGAUCUCGUUAUCUUGAGACCUACGAAGGCGCUGACAUUUCUGAAUGUUCUCUUAUGUCAUACAGGGCAUGAGAAAAAAAUCAUCAGGGAAACAGCCAUUAGUCUGGUUGUGGACCUGUACGGCAGACCUGAAUUGACGAAAUUCAUUGAGGAAUAUACAGUUCUUUAUCUAGGAUUUCUCAGAUUGCCAAAUCCACCAGAGAUUGUCUUUGGAAAGGACAGAGGAAGGGAGCAGGCAGAAGAGCACUGGUCGGAGUCAACUACCAGAGCGUGUUUAGAACUUUAUUUAGCUAUUCUUGGGAAACAUCAGGAUCUGAUACACGAGUUGGCAAAGGUUUACUCGUCGAUGGGGGCAGAUGUGAAGAGGAUUGUCCUGAGGCUGGUGGAGGGUCCAGUCAGGUUGCUGGGUAUGGCGAGUCCUCAGUUACUGAAGCUCGUGGAGCUGUGCCCCAAGGGAGCUGAGACACUUGUCACCAGGAUUAUUCAUAUUCUAACUGAAAAAGCACCACCCAGUGCUGAACUUGUUGCUAAAGUCAGAGAUUUAUACCAGACGCGAGUAUCUGACGUGAGAUUCCUCAUUCCAGUGUUGAAUGGGCUCACAAAGAAGGAGGUAAUAGCAGCACUACCGAAACUCAUUAAACUCAAUCCCAUUGUUGUGAAAGAAGUGUUUAAUCGACUUCUUGGGACUCACAACAAUGACAGUGGCAUUCCCCAUACAUCACCAUUGACUCCAGCUGAGUUGCUCACUGCUCUACACACCAUUGACUCCAGCAAAGCUGAAUUAAAGACCGUUAUCAAGGCUACCUCGUUGUGCUUCGCUGAAAAACAAGUUUACACCCAGGAAACGUUGGCUGUAGUUAUGCAACAUCUCAUGGAACUCAAUCCACUGCCAACGCUAUUGAUGAGAACAGUCAUACAGAGUUUGACGCUGUAUCCCAGACUCAGUGGAUUUGUCAUGAAUAUUUUGCAGAGAUUAAUUCUUAAACAAGUUUGGAAACAACCCAAAGUGUGGGAGGGCUUUGUUAAAUGUUGUGAACGUACUCAACCACAGAGUUUUGCUGUGAUACUGCAGUUACCGCCUCAACAACUGGGGGAGGCACUCAAUAUGGCACCGGGGUUAAAGGGACCAUUGCUGGCACAUGUGGAAGCAUUCGCUGAUAAUCAAAAGGCACAUGUUCCACAAUCGAUAAUGGACGUAAUCCAGGGAAAGCCAACAACGGAUAUGCACGAUGACUUUGAUAUUGCUCCUCCCGGAGAAUAUCCACCAGAACAAAAAAUAGAAUCCAUGGAUGCUGAUUUAUCAGAACCUGCCCCCCCAGGUUUAGAUUAGUUAAAAUGAUAAAUAACCAAUAAAAGCCGUAAAUUUCAACAA